ACAGUAAGAUUUGGUCGGAGCACCUACUUUUUUAUAUGUUUUCUUUUCCCCUUUGAGACAAAAAGACUACCUUGCUUCUAAGUAACUUGUAUCUGUUUCAGUUUCAGACGAAGAAAAAAAGCUCCAGUUUUCAACUAAAAAGGGCAGUGAAAAGGAGAAAGAGAGAUGGAAAGAAAGGGCUUAGUUAUAUGCAGUGUUGUGGCCCUUCUGGGGGUUUUAUCAGCCGCCACUGGUUUUGCUGCUGAAGCUACAAGGAUUAAGGCUUCAGAUGUUAAGUUUGUCUCCAAUACACAAUGUUCUUAUCCUCGGAGUCCUGCACUUGGUCUUGGCUUAACCGCGUCAGCAGCACUUCUGGUAGCUCAUAUAAUCAUUAAUGUUACAACAGGGUGUAUUUGCUGCAAAAGAACCAGUCAGAAUUGGAACUCUAACUGGACAAAAGCCCUUAUUUUCUAUGUUGUUUCUUGGUUCACAUUCGUUAUAGCUUUCCUUCUCUUGCUAACUGGUUCUGCACUCAACGAUCAGCACGGUGAAGAGAGCGUGUACUUUGGCUACUACUACUGCUAUGUCGUGAAACCCGGAGUCUUUGCCGGGGGAGCCGCCUUUGCCAUUGCAAGUGUCGUAUUUGGGAUCUUAUAUUAUCUCACCUUAAACACCGCCAAGGACACAAGCGGUCCUUGGGGCACUGCAGCUGUUCCGAAUCAAGGUGGCAUAGCCAUGGGACAACCUCAGUUCCCACCCCACCAGACCUCACAAGAUCCGGUUUUUGUACAUGAAGAUACUUAUAACAGGCGGCAGUUCACUUGAUCGGAAAAUUUCCGUAACACCCGCGAAUCGUAUGAGACUUUAUUUUAGCUGCAUGCAUUGUAUAAACUUGUUUCAGGUAAGGAUUCUUUAUAUAGUUAAAUAGUGAACAAGCUUUGCAUGAAGAUUUGUUACAUAGCUAAAUCUAUAUGAUAUAGUAUAUGCUCUUACACUUAUUUAUUUACCCUAUUUAGGGUAGGCUAUCUAUUUGGUCACUACUCAAUUAUUAUUUUUUUGC